AUGGUGGACAUGUUUUUGGAGCGAGUCCUGGUGGAAAACAACUGGGACCAGGAUGAACUGAACACAGAGCGAGAGAUCACUGGGAUCCUGGAGAACCGUAUCCUCAUGUUGUUCUUCGCAGCAGCCGACAGUACCAAGUGCCAGGAGUUUGUGCCUAUCCUCACUGAUUUCUUCAAGAGGUUAAAGGAUCCAGCGUACAUCGAAUACCCCAAACUGCUGGCUCUCAUCUAUAUCAGCAUGGACCAAACAGAGGAGCAGCAGGAGAGAGUUCUCAAAGAUCUUCACAAAAAGACCCUGUUCUUGCCUUUUGAAGAUCCAUACAGACAGGAACUACAGGCCAUGUUUAAGAUUACAGAAGUACCAACAGUGGUGGUUCUUCGCCCUGAUUGCUCUGUUCUUUCUCUAAACGCGGUACAAGAAAUUCAACAGUACGGCUGUGACUGUUUUAGUAACUGGCAGGAAUCUGCAGGUAUAGUGGAGAGGAGCUUCAUGCUGAACGAGGAGUUUGACAACCUCAAUUUACGCACAGCCACUGACCCUGUGCGACGGCUCAAGUACAAGACAGAGGACGACAAAAGGAAGAAGAGAUGGUGGAAACCAUGGACCAAAGGCAGAGCACAAGAUGAGGAGGAAGAACCAGACAGAGCCUGGGACUCAAUGAGAAAAGACGGAGAUAAUAAAGGAAGGUGGAGAUUCCUUUAA